AUGUCUGACGCCGCUGCUACUGCACCAGCUGCCGCCACACCAGCCAAGGCUGCCAAGAAGAAGGCAGCAGCCAGCAAACCAAAAUCGCCGGCUGCUCAUCCGCAGUACAAAGCAAUGAUUGCUGCCGCAGUUAAUGCUCUGAAGGAACGUGGGGGGUCUUCUCGUCAGGCCAUUCUGAAGUACAUCAUCGCCAACUACAAGGUUGGAAACAACCCCACUGCCAUCAACGCUCGUCUCAAGGCUGCCCUGAAGGCUGGAGUGAAAGCCGGCAAUUUGAAACAGUCCAAGGGAACCGGUGCCGCUGGAUCCUUCAGGUUGGGAGAGAAAUCUGAAAAGAAACCCAAGGCUAAAAAGGAAGCUAAAGCCAAAUCACCAAAGAAAGCCGCCAAGCCGAAGAAGGCUGGAGAAGCAAAGAAGCCUAAAGCCGCAAAGAAGACUGUUAAGAAAGCUGCAGCUGCAAAGAAGCCAAAGUCUCCAAAGAAGGCAGCCGCAGCCAAGCCCAAGAAAGCUAAGACUCCAAAGAAGCCAGCAGCAGCAAAGCCUAAAGCUGCCAAGCCCAAGGUUGCCAAGAAGCCUGCAGCCAAGAAAGCCAAAACACCAAAGAAAGCAGCCGCCAAGUAA